AUGUCAAAUAGCAAAACUUCAAGAAGAACGGCUCAACAGCCUGUCAUUCUUAUCGACAACCAUAACUCAACUCUUCAUCCUGCUUCCUCCAGCAAGCAUACGAACAAGAAAUCCAAGGUCUCUUCUGAGCUUUACACUUUACAGAAACCAGUUCAGCCUACUUCAACUGAGAUUGAUGAAAGCAUUAUUAAAGACGCUUAUGCGCUUCCCCCUGGCACCGGCGAUAUUGCCAAUACUCCUUUGACCUUGGACGUUUCGCCCAAGAAUCCACAGCAUAAAAUUGAUACUACAGACGCAUCAUGUUCUACUGCCCAAUCCGGUGGAUCUGUAUCUACCGAUAUGGAAAUGGAUCAACCCAUUGAUCCUGCAUCUACAUCUACUCAACAAAGAACAAUCCCCGUAGUACCAGUAGAUUCUAUUCUGAUCUUGCCUAAUCUGGUUAUUGCGACUCCUGCAGACACGGUUAAAGGCAAAAGUGCCUCUGAUAAGAAAACUCACAUUAGGAGAUUUUUCGGCACCAAUGGCGUUGCUACUGCUUCAGUACGUAAUGUGGCCGGAAAAUCCUAUGUCUGCGCUCAUUUCAGUGCACAAUCAGAUGUUGAUGACGCACUCAAAAGAGAUACUGCGUCACUAACUAACUCGCAAAAAGAAGGUGCUUCUGUGCCUACCUUUACUUUAUUUACUACUAUCAAACCGGAUAAGACUGAGGACGAAAAGGCCGCAGCAAAAAAUUGUACCAUCCAGGUCAUUGAUAUUUAUUUAUAUAGAAAAGGUGCCAAUGUUCGUGCUGCUUUCAGUAACUUCGGCAAUAUUGUAAAGCUAUCCUUGGUAACUAAAGAGGACAUGGUUAAGGCAGCUCAAACUCACCAUUCAUACAAAGGCAAACCACUUUAUUGGACUUCUCCUGAUGCCCAAUGUUGUAAUUUUUGUGGUAACCCUGACCAUUUAGCAAAAAGCUGUGAUGAUCGUUCGCAACAAAUUAAUCGAAACAAGAAAUAUAAGAAUAUUUACAAUCGUUUCAAACCUGCCCAACAUAGAGGUAAUCGUCAACAAUCUAAAAAGAAAUCCUUUGCUGAUGCAGUCAAAGGUAAAAAUCAAAGUCGUCCUGGGAAUAAUAAUGGAAAUAACCGUACGCCUAAUCCCAAUCUUCAAAAUGGUACUACUAGUGGUGGUUCUAUGCAUGAUAAUCAAUUAGUCGAUUCUCAACUUCACCAAGUUCGCCAAAUGAUGACCGAACUUCAAUCAAUGUUUAAAGGUCUCCAAGCCGAAGUGACCGCUCUUAACAGGAAGUGUGUUAUAAUGAACGUUAAUAAUAAUAUUAAUAAUUCAACCCCUCCUCCUAAUGUAUCUACAUUUUCUACUAAUACUUCAUCUCUUAAAGUAGCAACAACAAAUCUCAAAUCAUUAACAUCUGACAAACAACAAUAUUUGUUAAACAUGUUGGAAAAUCAAAAUAUUCACAUUUGUGGUAUUUCAGAAACUUGGCGCACUCAGCAUGAAUCUAAUCUAUUAUAUAAAAAUGAUAAUAGAUACCAAGCAUUCUUUUCCGCUCCUCCUGGCGACCAGGCUAAAGGUUCGAGUACUGGGAUUAUAGUUUCCGCCGAUUAUGCUAGAUUUAUUCAAGAUCACAAGGGUUUCAAAGGCCGUGUCAUGAAAGUGGAUUUUUUCAUGCGUGGCAAUCAAAAGUUGAGGGUAAUUCAAAUUUAUGGCUAUUCUGGACACAACAAAAAAGAUAUCACUGAAUUAUGGGAUCAUGUGAUUAAACUUAUUAAAGAUGCUCAACAACAACAUUAUAAGCUUAUUAUAAUGGGCGAUUUUAAUAUCAACUACCACAAAUUUUUGCUAUCUCAACGGAAACCCAAUUACAAACCUUCCUACAAACAAAAAUUGUUACAUUUUUUGACUUAUUCUGAUAAUUUAGUGGAUACUAUUCCGCUCUAUCAUGAUGUUACCAACGAUAAUCCAUAUAAUACACACAAAAAUAAUUCAGGUCAUCACACCAGGAUCGAUUAUAUCUGGAUCUCCCAAGAUUUAGUUAACGAUACUUAUGCUAGUGAUCAAUUUAAUCCUCAAUAUUCCACAGAUCAUAUGGUCGUGUACGUGGAGUUUUGGACCAAUAAUUAUUUUAAACUCCCUUCUCAUGCCAAACAGCGACAACGUAAUCGACAAAAAAUGAUUUAUAUGUAUGAUGAUAUGUCUCAAGAUGACUGGCUAGAAUUUUCUCAACAUACUAAACAUUUAUGUGAAUUUCGACAUCUUUUUGAAGACGAAGUUGAUGAUGUCUACGAUCUUAACAGGCUAUGGGACGAUACUCAACAUUCUAUUAAAGAGGCCGCGAACACUUACAUUAAAUAUAGACAAACUACCUCCAAAAAAGAUGGACAUCCCUUAAGAUUUUCAUUGCUAUAUCGUAAUAUUCGUUUUUUACAAAAAUUGGUAAUUAGGCUUACCAAUAAAAAAUUCUUGCAUAAUGAACUUCGCACCAAACUUCAAGAUGACUGGUUUUGUAUUAAAGCCAAACUUUUUGAAAUUACUGGAACUUAUGAAUCUGAGAUUAAUUUAGAUGGGUUUCUUACUAAUAUCAAUUUGGCCGCAAAUCGCAAACAAAUUAAAACACUUUGCCGCUCUUUAAUGGCAUUAUUUAGUACCAAAAUGCAAGAAUACAAUGAAGAACAAAUGAAAAAUUUUAUUAGUAAACGUUGCGAAGAUUUUAUUGACAACAAAAAAGCAAUGAUUAAUUCGAUUGCUGAAAGAGAAAUUCGCACUAUUGUUUUAGACCGUAUUGUACAUGAAUCUUUUGCUGGAACAACCUUGGUUUUAAGAAACCGUUUCCUAAUGUUUUUGGAACAAAUUACUACUUUAGAUGGUAAAUCCUUAAUUAACUGGGAAGAUUUAAAAUUUCGGCCUUAUUCUCAAUCGAUGGCUUUGGUUUUUAUUCCUUCCUGGUUCAAGUAUAUUAAAACUCAUUCCCUUUUACCAAAUUCAUACUCUUUACCUCCUGAACUUCAAACUUCUUCAGCUCAUAACUUUAAAGGAUGGACCACUUUUUGGGUAGAUCGUUUUAAUUCCCCUUAUUUUGGAAAAAUUAUUAAGAAAGAUACUAUAAAAAAGAAAAUUUAUGUUCAACACUUUUUAUUAUCUCGUCAAAAUAACUUAACUUUUUUUGAUCCUUGUCAUGGUUCUUUAACAAAUGGCCUCGUUAGCGAGCAUUUGACACGGGGUUGGUCUGGGUAG